AUGUUUACAUGAAGAUUUGGUUUAAAUACUUAAAGGCUUGAAGAAGAAGAUGGGAAAGUUGAAGUCCUUCCACAUAGACUUGGACAAUAAGCUUGGUGUAUAUACACCUGGUGAAACCGUCAGUGGAAAAACAAUCCUUGAACUGGAAACAGAAAUGGAAAUGCGGGAAAUUAGAUUAGAGUGUGACGGGAAAACCCACGUAGCUUGGUCGGAGCAUAUAGAUGGUGGGGACGGCAUGGAUAAAACAAAGCACUACUCAGGAAACGAGGAACACUUUGAUAAAACAAUACCAGUGUUUGGAAAGGGUUUAGGAAGUGGUGAUGAAAACCGUUUACCCGCGGGAAAACACGUGUUCCCCUUCUCAUUUGUCCUACCUCCUGACUUACCUUCCUCCUUCGAGGGGGAACAUGGAUACGUCCGCUACAAAGUGGAAGGAAUUAUAGACAGACCCUAUGCGUAUGAUGAACACACUGUCCAACCUUUCACUGUCUUAUCGACAUUGGACUUGAAUCUGGAACCAACAGCUGCGAACGGUGGAGAAGCCCAGAAUUCGGAAACCCUCUGCUGUUUGUGCUGUAAAUCAGGCCCUAUCAUGGGAACAUUAAAACUAAACCGAAUCGGGUAUGUUCCCGGGGAAUCAAUUUACUUCGAAGCUAGUGCUCAGAAUAGUUCAACACGUGUGUGCAGCAUGUUUGCCGAUUUUCAAAUGGUCACAACAUAUAACGCAGUAAGGCCAAAAAAGAGAAUAUAUACUGAGACCAAGUUAAUCAACCGUAUUCAACACGAAGAUUUGACUCCGGGUCAGUCAGAGGUUUGGAGUGGAGAAAGAUUUCCGAUUCCUCCUCUGGCUCCUUCUCACCUGGCGGGCUGCUCUAUCAUCGACAUUAAAUACCAUGUAAAGCUGGUUAUCAAACCACACGGACCAUCGUCUCAGUUACAUAUCCCAGUUGAAAUCAUCAUCGGAUCCAUUCCACUGCAAUCAGUGGUACAGCAGAACCAAAAAUCAGAGUCGUCGAUAAUGCCUACUCCAAUCUUCAGUGAAUCCGUCUGGGGUCCAACAAACAUCAAGAAAGAUGAGAAAAAAGAAGAGGAACACAUCUACGGACAACUGGAAUUCACUCCUUGCUAUUCGUUUUACAAGUUUUCCUAGCGUUGAGGAAAUGUUUAUAUCUGUGUCUCUAGUAGUAGGUGUAAGAAAAAAAAUGAAUUUAUUUGAUUUUUCUUUUGUCAAUGGCUAAUUUUUUUUUCUGUUUUAAUCUUGCUAUAUGGAAUAAUAUGUAUAUGAAUCAAUUUUACAUUUCUAUAAAAAUUCCUAGUAACAAAAUUUCACUUUAAACUUUAUAAUGUGGGUAUGUACAUGUAUAUGUGAUGUUGAAAUACAUGUACUCACAAGCAGUGACUUUAUUUGAUUUACCUGUAUGUUUUUUUUUAUACAUGUAUAUAAAAUAAAAAAGUUCA